AACUGCAGAUUACAGUGUAACUGCGCAGACCAGACACACUGCGGAUAACUGCAGACACGGGUAACUGCGCAGGCGGAACAUACUGCGGAUAACCACUCGUAACUGCGCAGGCUGGUCUAUAAGGCGGAUAACCACCAAGUAACUGCACUUACCAGCAGCACCAUGGAUAACCGGGUAACUACGUAGGCUGGCCAUACUACGGAUAACAGGUAACUGCGCAGACCACAGAGGCUGGCCGUAAAACGGUAACCGGGUAACUGCGCAGGCCAGGCCGGCUGUACCAUACAUUACCGGUAACUACAUAGGCUGGCUGCAACGCGGAUAAUCUGGUAACUGCGUAGGCGGCCGCGCCACGGAUAACUGGGUAACUGCGCAGGCCGGCGUAGUACGGAUAUUUGGAUAAAGAGGUAACUGCGCAGGCCAGCCGUAGUACGGAUAUUUGGAUAACGAGGUAACUGCGCAGGCCAGCCGUAGUACGGAUAUUUGGAUAACGAGGUAACUGCGCAGGCCGGCGUAGUACGGAUAUUUGGAUAAAGAGGUAACUGCGCAGGCCAGCCGUAGUGGAUAUUUGGAUAACGUGGUAACUGCGCUGGCCGGCGUAGUACGGAUAUUUGGAUAACGAGGUAACUGCGCAAGCAGGCUGUACCACACAUAACCGCGGAUAACCUGGUAACUGCGCAGGCGGCCGCGCCUCGGAUAACGUGGUAACUGCGCAGGCCGGCGUAGUACGGAUAUUUGGAUAACUGGGUAACUGCGCAGGCCAGCCGUAGUACGGAUAUUUGGAUAACGAGGUAACUGCGCAGGCAGGCUGUACCGGUAACUGCAUAGGCUGGCUGUACCACGCAAAACCGCGGAUAAUCUGAUAACUGCGUAGGCGGCCGCGCCUUGGAUAACUGGGUAACUGCGCAGGCUGGCGUAGUACGGAUAUUUGGAUAACGUGGUAGCUGCGGUAGAACGGAUAUUUGGAUAACUGGGUAACUGCGCAGACCGGCGUAGUACGGAUAUUUGGAUAACGUGGUAACUGCGCAGGCCAUCCGUAGUACGGAUAUUUGGAUAACUGGGUAACUGCGCAGGCCGGCGUAGUACGGAUAUUUGGAUAACGAGGUAACUGCGCAGGCCAGCCGUAGAACGGAUAUUUGGAUAACUGGGUAACUGCGCAGGCCGGCGUAGUACGGAUAUUUGGAUAACGAGGUAACUGCGCAGGCCGGCCAUAUUGCAGAUAGGCGGGGAACUGCGCAGGCCAAUUGUACCGUGCAUAGCCCGUAACCGCACAGGCUGGCUGCACCACGGAUAACCGCGGAUAAUUGCACAGGCAGGCUGUACCACGGAUAUUUGGAUAACCGGGUAAUUGCGCAGGCCACUGUAUCACGGAUAACUGGAUAACUGGGUAACUGCGCAGGCCACUCUAUCGUGGAUAACUGGAUAACUACGCAGGCUGGAAUACCGAUAACUGGAUAAUUGGGUAACUGCGCAGACCUGCCGGACCACGGAUAACUGGAUAACCAGGUAACUGUGCAGGCUGAGAGUAACUGCGCAGGCCGUACCACGGAUAACUGGGUAAUAGCGCACGGAUAACUGGAUAACUGGAAAACCGGGUUACUGCGCAAGCAGGCAUACCACGGAUAACCGAGUAACAGCGCACGGAUAACUGGGUAACUGCGCUGGUAGGCCUUACGUACUGUGGAUAACCGGAUAACUGGGUAACUGCGCAGGCAGGCCUUACGUACUGUGGAUAACCCGGCAACUGCGCAGGUCAGGCCUUGCAAACUGCGGAUAACCUGGCGACUGCGCAGGUCAGGCCUUGCAUACUGCGGAUAACCCGGUGACUGCGCAGGUAGGCGGUACAGCCCACAUUCCUACGCAAACACUGGCCUUUGACUGCGCAUGCGCACAUCCAGCUACUGGUUGCUGCACUGCGCAAACACACCCGUGACUCAGCUGGUUCAGCUUUCUAGGCUGGUGAAAAGGACAGUCAGCGGGGCUGGAUGGUGCCACCCUGUAGUCGCUGUUCGGGAAGGUAACGGACAUUAAACAGCAGAACAACUUAACAGCGGGCGACAUUCUCUACCCAUAGCGUGAGAAAGAGAGGUUAUCGCGAGAUCCGAGGUCCGGGAAGGGGCCGCGCUCUGCGGUAAAAUGGCAUCGCAGCAGCCCGCUUUUCCUGCGAAACUCAGCCGAAAACAAUACAAGGCCGCAAUGAAGAAGGAGAAACGCAAGAAACGCCGGCAGAAAAUGGCUCGGCUGAGAGCCCUGGAAGCCCCACCAGAGGAGGAGGAAGACGAUGUUUCUGCCAACGAAGAACUUGCAGAGAGAUUACAGGAGAUAGAGCGGCAGAGAUUACAUGAAGAGUGGCUGCUGAGGGAGGAGAAGGCACAAGAAGAAUUCAGAAUAAAGAAGAAAAAGGAAGAGGCCGCUAGAAAACAGAAGGAAGAAGAGGAGAGACAAAUAAAGGCUGAAUGGGAAGAACAACAGAAAAAACAGAGAGAGGAGGAGGAGCAGAAGCUACAGGAGAAGAGAGAGAGGGAGGAGGCGGUGCAGAAAAUGCUGGACCAGGCUGAAAGUGAACGCUCUUGGCAGAACCCGGAACCACCCAAGGAUUUAAGGCUGGAGAAAUAUCGACCCAGUUGUCCCUUCUACAAUAAAACGGGCGCGUGCAGAUUUGGUAACAGGUGUUCACGGAAACACGACUUUCCCACGUCAAGCCCCACCCUUCUCGUGAAGAGUAUGUUUACCACGUUUGGAAUGGAGCAGUGCAGGAGGGAUGACUAUGACUCUGACGCGAACCUGGAGUACAGCGAGGAGGAGACCUACCAGCAAUUCUUGGAUUUCUACCAUGACGUGCUGCCCGAGUUCAAGAACGUGGGAAAGGUGAUUCAGUUCAAAGUAAGCUGCAACCUAGAACCUCACCUGCGGGGCAAUGUGUAUGUGCAGUACCAGUCGGAAGAAGAAUGCCAAGCAGCCCUCUCGCUCUUUAAUGGAAGGUGGUACGCGGGCCGGCAGCUGCAGUGUGAGUUCUGCCCGGUGACCCGGUGGAAGGUCGCUAUUUGCGGUUUGUUCGAAAUGCAGAAGUGUCCGAAAGGGAAGCACUGCAACUUCCUCCACGUGUUCAGAAACCCCGACAACGAAUUCCGAGAGACCAGCAGGGAUGUCUACGUGUCUCCGGCUCGGACUGGCUCCUCCGGAAAAACCUCAGACCGGAGGGACAGGAAAGACCAUCAUGCCGAAUACUAUGGCAAGUCGAGAAGCUACCACUCUGGCUCACACCACUCCUCCAAGAGAAACAGGGAGUCUGACAGGAAGAGCCCUCACAGGUGGAAGAAAUCUCACAGGCAGGCCACGAAGAGUCAUGAGAGGCACAGUUCAAGAAGAGGAAGAGAGGGGGACAGCAGUCCAGGUCCCCAAAGCCAGAGCCACAGAGCCUGAGCCCGGCUGAGGCAGCUCCACUUGGACCCAAGGCUGACAUCCAGCUUGGUGACAAGCUUCAUCACAGAAUAAACCCUAACGCAGUAUCUAUCCUUCAGAGCCCCAAGAUAUUCAAAACGGAACUCAUGACAAAGGCAUGGUGACUCCCAUCUAAUUCCCAACCAAGUUGCAAAAUCUUGUGGCUUUAACAGAGACAGAAACAGGUAUUCGUUAUUUCUUUGUCUGUUAUAAUGCUUAUAAUGCUGUUAAAAUGCUUAGUAUCAUGUUAUUGAUGUUGUUUUCCAUACAGUUUAGGCUGGCUUCCCAUGUUUUCCUGUAAUAACUUUGCAUUGUGAUGCUUUAUCAUUAAUAUAUUUAUUAACAUCGUU